UUGUACUUCAACAAAUUAUCCAUCCAGUGCAAAUUUUUCCCUCAAAUUUUCAAUUUUCCUUUUGCAGCUCGUCAACUUCACUAUCCAAGCGUUUGUGUCCAAGUGCCUCGAGCUCCGGCAUCACAAGUCUCCACACCUCCAAGUGGCGUUUCAUACGCUAUUCCGUAUCCGAAACCGAUUCAAUAUUCUGCUACGCAAUUGCACUAUGAGAACAUGAAACAUCGUUGUAAAAUGUUGGACUCUGAGAACCAACGUUUGAUGCGAGUACAGAACGAAUUAAUUAUGGAUGCAAAUCGAAGGGUUGAGGUGGGCGACCUUAUCUACCGCUUACUACAGAUUGCUUUAAAAAUCAUCUGCGCGUCAAUGUUCUGAAA